CCCUCCAAAAUCCUGAGGAAAAACCUUAUCUUCUACCACAUGGAAGCGAGCACUGCAAUCUCCUUCUCUUCGCCCAAAGCCCAUCUCCCCUUCAAUCUCUCAAACCCAAAUUCGCCCUCAUCUUCCUCAUUAAAGCCCUCCCUCUUCGUUAAAUUUUGCUCUAAGCCCCUCAAAAACCUGACUUUUCCCUCAGUUUCUCAAAAUCCUCUUCGGUUGUCUCCCGCCCUCGCCAUUGCUGAGACGUUGGAAGCAGCUUCAGAGACUGAUGAUUCUUCGAAGGGAGGUUCGAUAAAGAUUGAUAAGAGUGGGAGGUUUAGUAGCCCUAGAGCAGCAAGAGAGCUUGCACUAUUGAUUGCUUAUGCUGCCUGCUUAGAAGGAUCUGACCCAGUUCAGCUAUUUGACAAGAGAGUAAACGCAAAGAGAGAUCCUGGGUAUGUAUUUGAUAAGGAGUCCUUGCUGAGGUAUGAUCACAUGAGCUUUGGCGGGGCACCUGUUGAGGUAGAAACAGAAGAGGAGGCAGAUAAGCUCAUUCUCAAGAACGAGGAAGACUCAGCUAAUGAAGCAGAAGUGCUUUCAGCACCACCAAAACUGGUGUACAAUAGAUUUGUUCUCCGUUUGGCUAGGGAUAUAUUGGGAGCAGUUGUGAGCGGAUGGAAUGAGCAUGUACUUGUUAUUGAUAAAGUUAUCCCUCCAAACUGGAAGGAUGAGCCUGCAGGAAGAAUCUUAGAGCUUUGCAUUCUGCACCUUGCCAUGGCCGAAAUAACCUCCGUAGGCACACGACAUCAAAUCGUUAUAAAUGAGGCCGUUGAUCUUGCAAAACGAUUUUGUGAUGGCUGUGCUCCUCGGAUCAUCAAUGGGUGCCUUCGAACUUUUGUCAAAGAUCAUCAUUCUACUGCUCAAAGUGAAAACCAUCAGUGAUAUACUAAUAGAUGUAAUUCCAUAAUUUCAAGAUAAGAAAGAAAAGUCAGAGAAGUACGAUAUAAAGUGUUACUUCCAAUGGUCAUACUGAGUGAGAUUACGAGACAAAAUGCCUAAUUAUAAUUUGGCAGAGAGUUGUUUACUCUCUGUUUGUAAAAGGUCUUAAACACGGAGUUGUAAUAUUGUUCUGGGGAAAGGGUUGUAAUAUUGCGAACUGACAUGAUUCUUUGAUGUAUUUUCAAUGAUCACACCUAUGCUGCAUAGACAAUGGAUGCUAUCAAGAAUUUUUGGGGCAAUUUAUUCCUUGGUCAAUGCGUGUAAAA